AUGGACACUCCUUCUGUCGUUUUGGCUCAGUUGAGAACACUGAAAUUGAGCAAUGGGGCGCGUGUGGGGGAUCUUCCCUCCAACACCGUUACACCCUCAACCAAUGUAACUAGCACUCUGAAUGUUUUUAUCAGCGAGCACAGACAUCUCGCGGCGACGGCGAUAUUAAAGCAGCAACAUCCACAGCGGGAUGAAGAGAGACUGAAACGAAACGCUGCAAGAGAGACUCCAUCGCAUGUGGUCUCCAGUGACACCGUCAGUAGACACAAUAGACAAAGUGAAUUAAAAUCAAACCGAGCUCUUCAGGGCACUAGCAGCAGUAGCAGCAAUAGUGGUCCUGGUACUGGUGUAGUGGGUGGUGUUUCUGGUGGUGGAAUAGGACAUAGUGGUGGUGUUAGCAGCAGCAGCAAUAAUAAUAAUAAUAAUAAUAAUAAUAAUAGUGCUGGCAAACCAAAUCGACUUCGCCCUACACCACGUUCACAGCAGAUUUCGGAGGAAACACACAGCAAAGAAGGAGGUGCUACGACUACUGCUACUGCUACUGCUACUACUACUACCACUACAUCUGCUUCUUCUGUUGCACAACCAUCUAAUGCGAUUGAACAGCUGCUUCGAGCGUUACCGUCGACGAGCAUUGCAACCGUCCGGGAACCCAUUCCAACACCGCCUUCAGUAGCGAUAGUACAACCCAAUGUGGAGCCAGAUGCUGUGCGAAUGACGACAGUGGUGGCUGGAGAUGCGGCUAAUCCAAAGUUGCUAGAGCCAAUAGAUAACCUUAAUGCCCAUAGGCCUAUUAUCCGAACUGCACCCCCAUGUGAUCACCGAUACAUUAUCGUUGGCGACAUUCAUGGUUGUCCAGCACAGUUGGAAGAACUAAUGGCUAAAGUGAAUUACCAACAAGGGAAAGAUUGUCUAAUUCUUGCAGGUGACCUAGUAAACAAGGGACCUGACUCUAUAGGAGCGGUGCGUCUUGCACAAAAACUUGGUGCCAUUGGAGUUCUGGGUAAUCAUGAUUACACGUUACUGAACUGUAUUGUCCGUUGUCGCAAGCAAAGGCAGACUGUACAGGAAGAGCAGGAUCCUGUCAUGCAACUUGCGAGUUCCUUCCCGCAAGGAUGUGAAGAUUACCUCCGCUCCCUCCCCCACAUGUUACGCAUUCCCAAGUACAAUGUACUGGUAGUCCACGCUGGUCUGAACGUGAGUUACCCGAUUGAUAGCCAGGACGUGUAUGAGAUUAUGCACAUGCGGCGUCUGGAGCUGUUAAGCAACAGCGGCACGGGUACCAGCAGCAGUAAUAACAACAAUAACAGCAACAGUAACGUUGGUGGUGAUGAUAAGCGCACCCGCGGUAAGGCGCGCUGGCGUGCGGUGGUGAAGGGCAAUCGCGGGGAUCCGUGGGGAGAAGUGUGGGGCGGCCCCGAGUUGGUGGUGUUUGGCCACGACGCCCGCGCUGGACUGCAGCAGCACCGCCUCGCGUACGGCAUCGACACCGGCUGCGUCUACGGGCGGGAGCUCACGUGUUUGGUGUUUGGCCCGGCCGACCCCGCCGGGACGCUCGUCUCCGUGCCCGGGCUGCCAAAGUACACCAACGAGCGCCAGGGCCUCCCGCCGCCGGCCGCGCCGGUCUACGAGCACUACGCCGACGAACUCGCCAAACUCAUUCUGCGGCCCACCACGCGGUCCGUCGCCACGCCAAGUGGGGCGAAUGGCAGUCGGCCGGUGUUUCUCGCCACGCCUCUGAAUGCCGCCGCCGCCAGCGCAUUGCCCAACAACAACAACAACACAACAGGACCCGCAGCGGAGGAUGGCGCUGCCAGUGGAUUGUACGCCGUGGAGCGGGCCACACUCUUGUCGCUCAUCAAAACAAAUGAACUGCGGGCUGUGAAGACCCUCAUGUCGCUCCCUGCGUACGAGACCGCGUGGUUGUCGCUCCUGGACAACCGAGAUGAGGACUACACCGGCAGCUUCUGGAUUCCACUGGUGCAGGGAAUACUAGAGGGACUGUUAGGUCACCCCACACAGUCCACACCAGACUACGCCGAUGAUGUACUGCAACUCGCACUGGAAGUAUGUGAUGAACUAGAAGCCGUAAGGCAAGUUGUGACAACACAACUGCAGACAUUAGCAGACCGUGAGGCGUCCGGCUCGUUCUCUCUAACGAAAGCCACAGCGAAGUUUCUGCGGCUCGUCGCGGUACUGUAA